GGUCCCCUCUCAUACGCCGUAGGUACUUGAAGUUUGGCACCGCAAAAAGGAUCAUGUACAAGGUAGCAGGGGUGGCUGCUGAGCCUGUAACUCUCAGCCUGAUGUCAGGUACUAUGUUUGCUGCCGCCGAGGACAAGCCCAAUGUCACCUUAAAUACAAAUGAGCUCUCCCUCUACACUACACUGCAGCAGAAGUUCCGCUAUGUGGAGCCAGAUAUAGGGCACUUGGAGCCAGGUGUUACCACUCUAAGGAAACUGGCAGAGCCAUAUGUUACUUGGUGUCAGGCUCCAGGGUGAAGAAGCUCAUCUACCCUACAGGGCUGAUGGCUGCGGGACACUAUGUACUACCCCCGAGCGGCCGCAUCAAUCGCCAAGAACACUCGUUGUACAAUUUCGCCCUGCAGGGCUACGCUAACAGAGACAUUUUUCAAGUCCGCCACCACACCAGUAGAGGGGAAGGUGAGCUCAUCCUGUCAGGUCCAAAACUAAUACAGAUUAUUUGUGGGCUCCCAAAUGGUGUAGCAGUCACAGCAUCGCAGUGCUAGAGGCAUCACUACAGACCCUGGUUCAAUACCGGCCGCGAUCGGGAGUCCCACAAUUGGCCCAGCGUCAUCCGGGUUAGAGGAUUUGGCCGGGGUAGGCCGUCAUUGUUAAGAAGGUUUCAAGUGGACUUGCCUAGUUAAAUAAAAGGUUACAAAAAUGUGUAAA